GCUCUUAAACACGUCACGAUCGUCGCGUCUGCAAAACAACACGUACGAACCGAACGCAUUUAAUAACGUGAGAUUAACGAUCGAUCGCCGCGGGUCGCGGGCAUGACGGCGAGAUCCGUGUAAGCGCAGGUCAAGAGUGAGGCUUUCAGUAUCGACGGUCACCGGAUUCGGCGAUGGAUCCCGGCGGGUGUCGGAUGAACGGCGGCGGAGGCGGUGAUAUGAUCACACUGGAGGAUCUGGAGUCUAUGUCGGAGGAGCAGCUGUCAGACGGUCCCGAGGACGAGCAGGAGCCGGAGGAGGAGGACCAGGGGAGGCUCCUGCAGUACUGGAGGGAUGUGGCCCGCGGGCACCAGGUGGAGGUGCCGACAGACAUGGCUGAACCCAUCCAUCAGAUCACCACCAAUAACGAGGGCACACACACACGGGAGCAGGUGCCCUACACACUCCUCACACGCAAGGAGAAGUGCGGCGAGGUGGUGUUCGAGAAGCGUCACUAUGAGAAAGCGCACUGGGCCUGCAUCACGGUUCACGAGGACACGUAUGAACAGAGCAUCUGCUACGGCUUCAUGAAGAUCAUGAGAUACAUCUGCCAGCAGAACUCAGCAGGACGUUAUCUGGGGCUGACGAUCCCGAUCGUGACGGUGGUGCGCACCGAUGAGACACACAGGACUCUGUCGCGAGCCGUGACCGUAGCGUAUUACCUGCCCCCCCCGCACCAGAGCGAGCCGCCGCGGCCACACGACCCCGAGAUCAUCAUCGAGCAGUGGCCUGCUGCGGUCGUCUACACCCGGGCCUUCACGGGGGCCACGAACGAGCUGACCAUCCUCCACGAGAUCAGCAGUCUGGCCGAGGCUCUGGACCGUCCAGCCGUCUGCGUCAGCGACUCCUUCAUCAUAGCUGGAUACACCAACCCCGCGGCGGCCCACCGGCAGAACGAGAUCUGGUUCCUGGAGCGGCCCUGAGCCUCCCUUACCCACAGUCCUCUGCACCUCUGGGUCAUCCUGUAGUUCCUGAGUGCUGACCGUGUUUCUGUGUGUCACACUGAGUGUAACUGGAUGUCAGUCACUCUGUGAAACACUGUUGCUGUAAGACAAUCAUCACGUCUCCCCUCUUCUGUCUGUCUCUCGCUCUACUAGUGAUGAUCAACAUAUAGAUGCACAUAUAUUAAUAUAAUAUUGUCAUAGUGCUAUUUUUGUCAAGUAUUUUUCCAGCUUCUCUGUCACGAGCACAGAUGUCAAACGAGCACAGUGAGAGUUUUCUGAAUGAGCUGAUCUCUGAUCAGGGUCUGACGGCUGUGAAUGUAAACGCUCGUAUAGACACUACACCACUGUGAAUGCUUCUGUUCACAUUUCUGUUCUGAUCUGAAUAAACUAUUACUGAAUCACA